CCCAAUCAUAGUGCUUUGCGAAUCCGAUCGUAGUGGAUGUGUUUUUCACAGUACGAGCUACUGUUUGAACGUUUUGUUAUUUUGGCGCCCACAAAAAACACGCGUGUUCCUCUCGAGGAUGAAGACCCAGGGCCAAUGGCUUACCUGGACACUGUUUGUCAUGGUCCUUGCUCAGGAAGUGUAUGGUAUUUAUGACCCCCGUACCAGUUCUGGACCAAACGUCCACAUGAUGCCGCAAGUUCAUAGCGAUUAUAGUAAAGUCCACACCCACAAAGCUCGUGCAUUCGAACCGAACUACGCUCGUAGCGAUUACAGCCUGAAUUAUCACCCUUCCCCCUAUCAAAAAACAGUAAACACGCCAAUUACACCAGUUCCCACAACAUCGACAACUUCGGUAAAUGACCAACGACCAAGUCCUUGGUCGAAGGUUCAACCACCAAAUAACGGCGAAUACGGCAAUGAAAAUGCUAUCCUGGAUGCUAGCAAUGUCAAACUCAGAAGUAGCAAAACGGUCGAUGACGAAAGAUUCAACGGACUGCAAUGUCCACCUCUGCAAUCAGGACACUUUGUUUACAUAAUGGAUUGUAGACAGUUUCUGAAUUGCUGGAAAGGUCGUGGCUACAUUCAGAGCUGUGCUCCCGGCACUUUGUUCAACCCUGAUACUCGGCAAUGCGACCACCCGUCUAAAGUUAACUGUUUAACUUCCAAUACUAUGAAUACUUAUAGUGAGCUGGGUCGUUUGAACCAAGCGAACAAGCCCCAUCUGGCUGCCUACACACAGGAGGAUUAUGGUAUCACUCAAAUACGAUGCCCACCGGAUGUAAUAGGGCUGAGAGAACAUCCUACCGACUGUAGAAAGUUCUUGAACUGUAAUGCGGGAGCAACCGUCAUUCAAGAUUGUGGUCCAGGAACUGCCUUCAAUCCACGAAUAUUCGUUUGCGAUCACAUUCACAAUGUCGAUUGCAACCGUUAUCAAAAUUUGAUAAUUCCGGGAUCACCUCCGAAAACCAACGUGGAUGCUGAAGAAAUUGAUGUUGAGAAUGUAACUUACGAUUUAGAUGUUCGGUUUAAUGCGGACGACGACGAAGUAAUACCGACGACAAAGCCGAACAUUCCACUGCAGGUUCCUAGACCAAACUAUCCUCAAUUUGCAGCAAGUGAAAUUCGCCCUGUAUAUGUGCCACCGCCAUCGACCACUACACCACGAAGCAUUCCGAACAACAAAGAAUAUGACCAAAGCCCCGUUCAGCGUUCAAACGCAUCGCCUAAUCCAACGGAACUGCACGACACUUCUAAACUUCCAAUUAGUGACGCUCUUAAAAUGUUGUUAAGACCCUACAUGUCUAAUAACAACGUAGAACUCAACAUGACUAAAAUUAACUCGAUCAUGGAACCAAGCACAACACCAAAAGUGAAUCCAGUAAUCCGAAGUGAUGUCGCUGAACUCCAAGUACUUGGAUUACACCAGACUCCAAAACCCGCGGAUAAAUUGUCCUCCUACAUAACAAACCCAGCGGAAAUUAAUUCACAGUUAAACGGAUACCAAUCUCCGUUCUACGGUCUACCCACCUAUCGACCUCCAGCACCAUUCGGUUCUCGACCACAACAGCAUUCUAGUUUCAAUCGACAGCAUGCCUCUCCACCGUUUACUUCCCAGCAGCAGCAGCAACCCCAACAAUUCUACCCGAUGUAUCGCCCAAGGUCUACCACACCAGCCAUAAGAAGCCGUUUCGGUGAAGACUCCCCGCAGUGGCGACCAUUGAUCGCUAGCGCGGCAAGCCUCACGACCACCCAGAGACCAUCGACGACAACCGUCGAUCCUUGCAAGGACAAAUUUAUCUGCGGAAAUCGAAAGUGUAUCGAACAGUCCAGUGUGUGCAAUGGAAUAGAUGACUGCGGAACGCGUGCUGAUGAACGGAACUGCAGCCAUAUCGGGUACGAGGUUCGCUUGUCGAACAAACAUCAAGGUCGCGUUGAAGUGAAAGUGUUCGAUAAGUGGGGUUAUGUAUGCGAUGACAAUUUCAGCAUUGAGGCUGCCAAUGUACUGUGCCGUGAGCUUGGUUUCCAACAGGGUGCCCUGGAAUUGAAACCUAACUCCUUCUAUCCACCGAAUGUAGAAAUGAUGAAUGGUAGCAAUCCGGUGUUCAUCAUGGAUGAAGUUCGAUGCACUGGGAAUGAGAGUUCGCUGCAAGAAUGUGCUUUCUCUGGCUGGGGAGUACAUGAUUGUAAUGCUGAAGAAAUUAUGGGUGUGAUUUGUAAAACCCCUGUGAUGACAUGUCCGAACGAUUACUGGUUAUGUGAUACUUCCGCCGAAUGUGUUCCUGUUGGUUUUCUAUGCGAUAACGUGAUGGAUUGUGCGGAUGGAUCAGAUGAAAGUGUACUGCACUGCAAUGCUCCGUUGGAAAUGCGUUUAAUUGAUGGACCAAGCAGUGCGGAGGGACGGGUUGAAGUGAAGUAUCGUGGAAUUUGGGGAACCAUUUGCGAUGAUGACUUUGGCAUUCGGGAAGCUCGUGUGGUUUGUCGACAGCUCGGAUUAAACGGAACAGCAGAAGUACGAAAAAAUAAAUACAAACCAGGAACGGGCCAAAUCUGGUUGGAUCAGGUUGUGUGCAACGGCAACGAGAGUUCGAUCGAUGACUGUAUUCAUUGGCAUUGGGGAGAACAUAACUGUGGGCACCCCGAAGAUGUCGGAGUUAAGUGUGGCACACCACAGUACAGCAGACCUACUCCGGCACAGCUUCGUUCGAUCGGCAAAUCCUUGAAAUUUGAUUACGUGGAGAAAUCGAGUAAAAUUUAUCCGGAUAGUUGCGGUAAGAUCCAAGUUGAUCCGAAAGCUGUAAGACCAUCGUACGGUUCACGAGUUGUUCAUGGCGGAGAGACAGUCUAUGGGCAUCAUCCGUGGCAAGCUGCGCUAAGAGCCAAGAAGCAAGGCAAAUCAGUACACUGGUGUGGUGCCGUUCUAAUUUCGAAAUACCACAUUCUUACAGCCGCCCAUUGUCUGAUCGGAUAUCCGAAGGGAGCCUACAUGAUUCGUAUAGGAGACUACAAUACGGAAGCUUUAGAGCAAGCAGAAAUCGACAUUUUCAUAGAGGACUACUACAUUCACGAGAAUUUCAGAGUUGGUCACCACAUGAACAAUGACAUCGCUGUAGUUUUACUGAAAACGCCUAUCAGAUUCAACGAAUUCGUUCAACCGGUUUGUCUGCCAGCAAAAAGCCAACCAUACCAAGAGGGUAUGAACUGUACCAUUUCCGGAUGGGGUUCCACACAAUCUGGGUCUUCAGUUCACUCUUUGGAACUGCGAGCUGCCAAAGUGCCGCUGCUUGCGGAUACGGUUUGCAAUCAACCGGAAGUUUACGGCAAUAAUGUAACCGAGGGGAUGUUUUGUGCUGGAGCAUUGGAUGGUGGCGUUGAUGCUUGCGAGGGUGACUCCGGUGGACCAUUGGUGUGCACUAACGAUCGCGGCCACACGCUGUAUGGAAUAAUAUCCUGGGGCUUUCAUUGUGGCUAUGUCAAUAAGCCAGGAGUGUACGUCAAGGUGUCUCACUAUUUGGACUGGAUCGAGCAAAAGCUUAAGCAAUCAUUGCAUAUGUACGGGGUGUAGAACAUCAUCAUAGUACCUUAAUAUUCAAUACUCUUAGUAACUUAGAAGAUAUACUGUUACCAUUUUUAACAAA